CUUCGAAAAAUAAGUGGUGCCGAUAAAGUAGGGUGAGAAACGUACCAGAGACUUUCUUGAUCAGCUUGGUGGGUCGAGAGAUGAACACCCUCAAAGCCAUUCAAUACUGCUUCCCACUUACAAAGCCAACUCAUACUCAACCAUGCAAAUCCAACAAUAGGCGCAGAUCAAACAUCUGCUUCUCUAAUUCUGAUGGCUCCGACUCCAGCACUUCCAUUCCAGACGGAGACAAGCGAAAGCAAGACUUGCUCGCACAGAUUGCAAUGCUCCAGACACAGAAAGUUCGGCUCACAAACUUCCUAGAUGAGCGUUCAUCGAAUCUGGCACAGUUUGCAGAAGAUGCCAAUGCUGAGUUUGAUGCUAUUGGAGAGAACGCACUCAAAGAGCUUGAUGAUGCCGGCACCAGGAUAAUGGAGAAGCUGGAGAGCCGGCUUGAGGCUUUUGAGGAAACAGCGGAGAUGAAUAGGCAGGAGAUAGAAAGUAACGAGAAAAUUUUGGAGGAGUUUCAGGAACAGAUUGUUAGGGACAAAAAUGAAGGCCUCUUCUUUAAGAACCUGAGGGAGAACACACCUCCGAAGAAAGCUGAGGCUAAGGAGGAGGCACAGAAGUUUAGACAGCUAGCAAAGAAGACUGACAGAUCAAGGACACGGAGAAAUAUUUACCUUGCACUAAUUUUAUUGCUUAUUCUUGCAGUUGGUAAUGCUGUUUUUGCUAGCCCGGAGGUUGAGUGGCGGAAAGUUGGGGCAUUGUUGUUGAUAUUGUUUGGUUUACUUGCUCAGUUCAUCUAUGAGCAGAGUAUGUCAGGUACAACAGAUGAAACAAACAAGGAAAAAUGAAGUAGUCCGAGAUAAAGAAUCAAAAUGUGCAUGUGUGAGGGUUUGUAAGUGUUUUGAUAGUAAAAUACUGAUAACUGUAUGGUUAAUGAUAUUGGCAAAAUUUGUAGAUUUUAAUAUAAAUGUAGCAUGCUAAAGAACA